AAAAGUACAAAAAAACAAUAAAAUCGACUCAUAAUGACUAUCAAAUAUCCUGAAUCGUUAAAUGGUGAAGCAGAGUUUAUGUCCCAAAAAGUUAUUCAACAUUCAAUUCAAACUCAUACAUAUCUCAUCUAAGUUUCAGUGUUUUAUUUUAAAAUCAAUUAAUGAUUAUAAAUAUACUUUUUUUAAAGUAGAAUUUUCACUUUAAAAUAAUCCAAUAUCAUAUUUUGUUGUCGUUGUGUUCGUGUUUUUCUAUUUUGUGGGAGAUUUUCCGGUAAAAUUCGCGCGCGAGAAACCCUAAGGGAAACACUGAUUCAUUGGAUUAGGGAACAAUGGCUAUUGCAACCCCGGGGCAACUCAACGUGACUGAAUCACCCUGUUGGGGAUCCAGAAGUGUUGAUUGCUUCGAGAAGUUGGAGCAAAUUGGCGAGGGUACAUAUGGUCAAGUAUACAUGGCUAAAGAGAUCAAAACCGGGGAAAUUGUUGCUCUGAAGAAAAUAAGAAUGGAUAAUGAGAGAGAGGGGUUUCCUAUAACUGCUAUACGAGAAAUCAAAAUUUUAAAGAAACUACACCAUGAAAAUGUGAUCAAGCUGAAAGAAAUUGUGACUUCUCCAGGCCCUGAGAAAGAUGAACAAGGGAGGCCAGAUGGUAACAAAUAUAAAGGUGGCAUCUACAUGGUCUUUGAAUACAUGGACCAUGAUUUGACCGGUCUUGCUGAUCGACCUGGGAUGAGAUUUACAGUUCCCCAAAUUAAGUGUUACAUGAGACAGCUUUUGACAGGGCUACAUUAUUGUCAUGUAAAUCAAGUACUUCAUCGAGAUAUCAAAGGCUCUAAUCUUCUUAUAGACAAUGAAGGAAAUCUUAAACUUGCAGAUUUUGGAUUGGCACGAUCAUUUUCUAAUGACCAAAAUGCCAAUCUUACAAAUCGGGUCAUUACAUUAUGGUACAGACCGCCUGAGUUGCUGCUAGGGACAACAAAGUAUGGACCAGCAGUAGAUAUGUGGUCUGUCGGGUGCAUUUUUGCUGAGCUUCUUCAUGGGAAGCCUAUCUUUCCUGGAAAAGAUGAGCCUGAACAAUUAAAUAAAAUAUUUGAGCUGUGUGGAGCUCCAGAUGAGGUCAAUUGGCCUGGGGUUUCUAAAACACCUUGGUAUAAUCAAUUUAAGCCAACAAGGCCAAUGAAAAGACGUCUGAGGGAAGUUUUCAGGCAUUUUGAUCGUAAUGCUCUGGAAUUGUUGGAGAGGAUGUUGACACUUGAUCCAGCUCAGAGAAUUACUGCAAAAGAUGCCCUUGAUGCUGAGUAUUUCUGGACAGAUCCAUUACCAUGUGAUCCCAAGAGUUUACCCAAGUAUGAGUCAUCCCAUGAAUUUCAGACAAAGAAAAAGCGCCAACAACAACGGCAAAAUGAAGAAAUGGCUAAGCGUCAGAAAAUUUCUCACCCACAGCCGCACACUCGUCUUCCCCCCAUUCAGCAAACUGGCCAACACGCCCAAAUGCGGUCAGGACCUAACCAACAAAUUCAUGGCUCUCAGCCCCAAGUUGCGGGAGGACCCUCUCAUCAUUAUGGGAAGCCUCGAGGUCCAUCUGGUGGUCCAGGAAGAUAUCCCCCCAAUGGGAACCCCGGCGGAGGAUACAAUCACCCAAAUCGUGGAGGUCAAGGAGGUGGUGGCUAUGGAAGUGGACCUUAUCCUCCUCAAGGGCAUGGAGCACCUUAUGGGUCUAGUAGUAUGCCUGGUGGUGGUCCUCGUGGGGGUGGUGGCAGUUAUGGAGUUGGAGCUCCAAAUUAUCCCCAACAAGGUGGUCCAUAUGGGGGGUCAGCUGCUGGUCGCGGCUCAAACAUGAUGGGUGGAAACCGCAAUCAACAACAGUAUGGUUGGCAGCAGUAAAUACACUUUCUUAUAAUGAUCAGUAUUAGUACUACGAUUUGGCGAAGCUCUGAUAAAUUUGAGAAAGAUCAGACUAUUAAUGGAUCAAGUUGUUGAGAAGAUAUGAGAUGUGACCUCUAUGGUUUGUAGACUAUUAUUGAGAUACAAAGUAUUUUCUCACUACUUGAGGUGUCUGGAAUCCUUUGUGAUGCAUGCACAACAGGUUAUGUUUAGUGCUCCCCAUCAUAGAGGCACCACAAAAGAGGAGUUUACCUCCGAUUUUGUAGAUUCUUUUUUUCCUCUGCAGUAUUUAUGAAUGGUUGCUGCACGCUUCAAAAUUUGUAACAAGCUACUCUUCUUACCGAUAUCCUUUUCGGGAUACUACCUAGUACAAAGUUUUGUUUUCUCAGGUUUUUCGCGAUAGUACAUGCUGCUUUGUAACUUAAUUAUUGUUCCCAUUGUGAUGUGGCUGUGGGCCAAAUUUUAACUUUUUCUUGUGGUUAAGCUAGCAAGUGAAGAAAGAAGGAAUGUGAGAGAGUUCGUUGCUAAAGAAAAAUGUAAUUAGUCCUACAGCAAUCAUUAAAGCUCCUACUAAUUUUUGUGUUAUUCU